AUGUGCAAACCUACGCGCUUCCAAACCCCAACCCGACACUACCCUCUCCUCCAAGCCUCCAAGAACCCAACCGCACAACCCAAACUCCAUCCCCUAACCUACAGCACCUCCUUCAACCAACCAACUGGCCUCCACCCAACCCUCACCCUAACCUUUCCAGCACACCAACUCACCCCGCCAGACCGAUCCUGCAAACUGCACACCCACCUAACCCUCCCCUCCUACCUCUUCAUCGACAAGUACCAAUUCUCCGACGCCCUCUUCCUCGCAGACAAGAAACUAAAGCGUCUCCGCAGUCUAGCCGGCGCCACCGACCUCGAAGCUCCAGACUGGAAUGUACCAGCUUGGGGUUCCGCAGCGCUCUUCGAACUCGCUACACCCAAGCCGGAGAAGAUUGAAUAUCCCAAGGUCAGUUUGGGUGACGGGGAGGAGAGCGUAUGGGAAGACUUGCCGACCCAUCGUGAGGUGCCGGAGGGUGACUGGAAUGUCAGCAUACCGUUGCAUCUGCGGUAUAUGCCUGCUCAGGCGGCGUCUCAUGCUAGACUGCCCGUCCCUUGGCCUGUUGUCUUUUGGGCUUGUCGUGCGGAUUCGGGCGCACAGCAUACGUCUAAUCCGUUCGAUCGCUUGCAUUUGGGGUAUGAGGGCUUGUUUGGACCCAAGACUAGGUUCAUGCAUGUGGAGCCUAAGGCUUGGAAUCAGACCGAAUCGGGUGGAUUGGUGGAGUGGAUUGACGUGCCUGUGCUUGAUACGAGGAUGGCUGGGUGGGUUGAGGGAGGGACGGUUGGUGUGGUCUUGUUCGCGUUUGUGGGGCUGUGCUGGAUGUUGUUUAGGAACAUUGGGAAGGGGGAUGUCAAGGAUGAGAAGAAGACGCAGUAG